AUGGUGGCUCCCGUCACCCCCGCUCCUUCAUGCUCAUCUCAUUUUCCCUCAUCGCAUUUAGCAGAAGAUGGCACAAAGCAUCCCGAACUGGCUGAGAAUGUGCGAAUUCUCUUCCUGCUCAGCGGGGCUUCUUACCUGCCCCAGCUGCACCGCAUCUGGGUGCACGGGGACUGCCAGGGUAUCUCGCUCGGCUAUCUACUGCUGAACCUCAUCAGCGCGACUGAGCAGUUCACAAUAGGGCUCUUCGUAUUAGUAAAUCAUAAGAGAGGGACAGACCUCUUCGUCGAAAUUCCCAUAACGACCGGUGACUGGCUGAAGCUGACCCAGCUCACCCUCAUUUCGAUUAUGCCACUCUUCAUCGACGCUGUCAAUCGUAAUUUCUUCGGGCCCCCGGAAUGGCGCCGGUGGGGUGAAGCCUUCUUCAGCGGUUACCACGCGAUGUUCAUGAACCCGAUCGUCACGAUUCUGGUUCUUGUUGCGCUCCCUUGCCAGGCGCGGGCUAUGCAUGCCCAACCCGUAAGGGAUCUGAAAUCCCUCAGUCUCCUGGGGCUUCUAGCCCAGGGCGUCAUAUUUGGCGUUGUGGCAGUCUCGUGGACGAUGCGGGUAAGGUCCAUGGACCUGUCUUCUAGGGAUGUAGUUGCGUAUAGGCUCUUAACGUUCGUGAGCUGGUACCAGAUGGUCGGAUGGGCGGCGGUGAAUAAUGCGGUAUUUGCGCUAGUGCAGAUAUUGUUGCUCUGUUUGGCGAGGAACUGGAGAGGAGAGAAGAUGGCUAUGGCUGAUGGGGAAAGAGAGCCUCUACUAGGGGCGCUCGAUAUCCUUCGUAAAAACGAAGAUAAAGAUAAUGAUAUCGCAUCCAGCAGGCCAUCAACGACGCGAGUUCCCAUACAGGCUAUCGACUUUCAUUCAAAUAGCGUCGUGAGUCUCUUUGUCUUCCUUGUUCUGUCUCAAUCAUCCAACUUUUAA